GCAGGAGCAACAAAACUGCACCCGCCGCUGUUGCACCUACUUCUCCUGCGUCGAGGAACUACGCCUCCUCCCCUGGUGUUCUUGCGCAGGAGCAAGCGGCUACGACCACCUCUGGCGCCAUCGCGGAUGGUCUUCUGCCUGAAUUCGACAUCUCC